AAAAUGUUUUGACCACGCCCAUAAAAUAACGUCAUACAAAUAUGGCUCAUAGUUUUUAGGUAGUUUCGGUUUCCUGGUAAAUUCUCCUUUUAUUCGUUUUUAUCACAAUCACUCGCUCCUCAGAACAAUGCCUCUACCUAUUGGUGACUCUCCCUCGCUCUCAGACUCUCUCAAAACCACAGAAACUACAAUUGGUACUGACUCCAUCACCACUCAUAAUAUCAGUAGUCUGCUGCCAUGUACGCCAGCACCAGUUGAGAUCAGUCAUGACUUCAUUGUCGGUUUGAUUCUGGCGAUGAGUUCCUCUAUCUUCAUCGGCUCCAGUUUCAUUUUAAAGAAGAAAGGAUUGCUAAGAAUAUCUCGAAAUUCCCGAAAUAGAGCAGGCGAAGGUGGGUAUGCAUAUCUUAAAGAAUGGAUGUGGUGGGCUGGUCUUAUUUUAAUGGCUGUUGGAGAAGCUGCCAAUUUUACAGCCUACGGCUUUGCUCCUGCAAUACUAGUCACACCUCUAGGGGCACUCAGCGUAUUAGUAAGUGCUGUUCUCUCGUCUCAGCUACUUAAUGAGCAUCUUAAUAUUCAUGGUAAGAUUGGUUGUGUCCUCUCGAUAUUAGGAUCAACUAUCAUCAUCAUCCACGCACCAGAGGAGAAUAUUCUUGAUGACCUCCUGGCUAUUGGACGUAACAUGACUAGCAUUGGUUUUGCUACAUACUCAAUCCUUGCAGUGUCCCUAUCAGUGUACCUCAUAUACUGGGUCGCACCUGUUCACGGGCAAUCAAACAUUCUAGUAUAUCUUGGGAUAUGCUCAGUCAUUGGCUCCCUGACAGUAGUGGGCUGUAAAGGUCUUAGUAUUGCCAUCAAGUUAACACUGACGGGCCAUUCUCAGCUCUACAGUCCACUAGCUUGGUUCUUUUUAAUUGCUGUCGUUGUCUGUAUAACAGUACAGAUGAACUACUUGAAUAAGAGCUUGGAUAUUUUUAACACGUCCUUGGUAACUCCGAUAUACUAUGUGAUGUUUACGACUUUAACGAUUAUAUCAUCGGCCAUUUUAUUUAAGGAAUGGGAGCAGCUUACGACGAAGAAUAUCGUUGGGUCGUUGUGUGGGUUUGCUACUAUAGUCUGUGGCGUGUUUCUCUUGCAUGCGUUCAAGGAUAUCAAUGUCACUCUUAACGAUCUCAUUUCGUUGACGAGUGGGCGGAGUCAGCUUAGUCAAGAGGGCAGGGUCGAUUCUCCUCGAGGUGACGUUACUAUAAUACUGGAGGAUAGGGUAUCUCAGACUCAGGUUUGGAGGAAUAGGAAUGAGACUGAGGAGAGAGAGGAGGAAGAGUCUUCAAGUGAAGAGGAAAUGAGGGAAGAGGAUAUGAGCAGAGAGAAGUUUAUAAACAGAACUAGCAAUCAGUAAUGAUGAACCUCCAUCUGUUUUAUAUCUCACACACACACACAGUGUCAUUUUAUUAUGUCCAUGUUGUUAUUAUUAUUAUUAAUUAUUAAUUCAAAAAUAAAGAGAAAGAUGUUUCUUUUCAAUCAAUGUA